UAUUCGGGGCCAAGGCAGCAACCUAUUAUUUUGCAACUAGAAUCUGUUAGGUUUCAUUAUGAGACUAAAUGAGGACUUUCAUUUCAAACUGGUAAUAUGGAUGGGUUGAAUCAAAUUGUAAGCCAACAUAUAGAAAAGUUUAAUGCAUCACAGUCCAUGUUUAGAAUGAUUUGUGACAAAUGACAAUUGAUUCUGAAACAAUAAAACUCAUGCAGGCAACGCACAAAAGGCAAACAAGAGUACAAGACUACAUUCAAUACCUAACUGAAAUGCAAUAUUAUGUUUUCCAAUCAGAUAGUCAACGAUGAUAUUUCAAGAAUCAGUCGAACUUGUGAAUCUUCUUUCAAAACUAUAACUAUCAACACAAAAUCAUAUUUUUUGUACUUUGAACUCGAACUGAGGGAAUACAAUUUGGAGCUUUUAGCUUUAAGAUUUUAUGCUUAUUAGUAGCAAGAGUCAAGUAUCCAAGAAAAAAUGAUACAUCGGAUGAUGACACCAGAAAGUAGACACCCCACAAAAGUAAAGAAUGACCAGUAAAAACCAGGAAAAGGGGGACAAAAUAAAAGGCAUUUUGGCCAUUUCUUACCAAUCAGUGUCUAUAUGCAUGACCUUAAGAAUGAUCAACAGAGAUGACAAGAAUGAAUAUGGCAGAAAUGACAAGAUUCAGUUAAAUACACAUUGGUUGGCACAGACACAACAAAAGUAAGCAUCACUUAGCAUGAAACAUCACAAGAAAAUUAAAAUUGUCACCAUAUUCAGAGGUUUAGAAUAUGAGAUUUGAAUAUCCAAAAUCAGCACAGAGAUGUACAAACAACUAGGCCAUAAGAAAAAAAUAAAAUAAAAUUGUGAAUUUGUAAGGGACUCCCAAAAAGAAAAUGCAUACAGCUCCUAAGUCGAUAAUUUCACAGGAGAGGUUUAACUCUGAACUGUAAAUGAUCAUACCAACCAAGGGAACUGCCGGCUAAAAACUAAUUUCAGGUAAGCAUCAUACAACAGAGCAUCCAUGAACAAUACUACUACUAAUUAAGUAAACCAAAAAAAAAAAAAAAGGUGGAGCUGUGAGGAAACCGCAGACAGGGAAUUAUAAUUCAAUAAAAUCCCAGAAAAAUUAGAGUCCAAAAAAAUUAAGCACAAACAGCAAAAGGUUGCCAUAGCUGCUCAGAAUUUACCACAUCAUGACGAGAAAUUCCCAGUUGGUGAAGUGCGGAAGCAAGUCUGACGCAUCUCUCUCGAGUCUGUGCCCAAGUGAAGUUGAUGUCACCAUGAACUACUGAAAUCCUAUCUCUGUACACAAUUGCCGAGCGUUCCAAGAAACUUAUGGGAGUCAAAGGAAGGUAAUUCGCUGGGCACUUCACAGUACCUUCCAUUUUGUUGAUCGAUAAAAGAUUGAAACUUGGAAUUAAAUCAGAAUGAAAAUUGGAUCUCUUCUGAAGAGGGUGAGAGAACUGUGAAGAUGGAGCUCAGUAAAUGAGUAAAGUAUAACCAAUCACAUGAUUUACAUCCCGGAAGAAGCCCGUGUCAGAAAGAUCGGUAGGUCUUAUUUGGUUUUAAAAUAAAGCAUUCUCUUUUUUGUUUCUUUUUUUUUUUUCUCUUUUAAAAAAGAGUUUUAACUUUUCUCCUUUUUCCCUGGAACAAUCUAUGUUUUACUAUAUAAAACCAAGCGGGGAAAUCCAGAUUUUUGGCUCCGAAUUCGUUCUUCCUACAAUCUUUCGCCGUUUCCAGGAAGGGGCUAUUCAGUAUUGAUUUCCACUUCUUUGCCCCCGCCUCUCGUCUCCUCUUCUGAUUCUUUAAUUCACCGCUUUUCUCUAUCUCUCGAUUUCGAAAUCUACCCCUAAUCUCGGAAAAGGGAGCAGCAAGGAAGUGAAGAUUCUGAGGUCCGGGUUGAAGGAUAUGGACGAGCAGUUUAUACUUCGAGUUCCACCUUCUGUAGCUGAGCGAAUUGAGUCCCUUCUGAAUGAAAGUGCAUCUUCUUCCGAUGAUAAGUCAUUGGAUUUGACAUUUACAGAGGAUGGCAGAACCGGCAAAUUUGUCAUUGGCAAUGAUGAGUUCCCAGCAUAUCUCUUGGAUUUACCUGGCAUUGUGGAAUCAUAUAAAACUUAUGAUGACAACGUGCUGAUUAAAACAGCUGACGUUGGCCAAAUGAUCAUGGUGAAGGAAGAAGGUGAUAGUAUUCCAGAUGAGGUAGAGUACAGACAUGGGCUCACACCUCCGAUGCGAGAUGCACGGAGGCGAAGAUUCCGGAGAGAACCAGAUUUGAACCCCGAGCUUGUUCGCCGUGUUGAGAAAGAUUUGCAGAAUAUUAUGGCAGGGGGUACAGCUGAGAAUAUUGAUAUCCUUCCAUUUGUUAUGUUGUCUUUCGUUCUUAUUUGAAGCAUCAAGUUCCUAAGGACAUAUCUGCAAUUUUAGUGAUGAACUGGAUUAUGUUUAUGCCUGGUUUGCAUGGUAUGUGAAGAUCCUUUCUUCAAAAAGUCAGCUAAGGAUAUUGAUACCUGCUGUUGUCCAAUUUUUAUUCUUUCUCCUUCUGUUUUGAGGAGAUAUGAAAAAUUGUUGAUGCUGAGAAUUAGUCGGUCUCUCGAAGAGAAGGGUCUCAGUUAGUAUUUACUUUGUUUUCUGUUGUCAAUCCUUGACCAAAGAUCUUACAUGUUGAAGCUGCUGAGCAAGAGGUGGACGGUAAUACUCGUAAUGCAGAUAAGAAAAUAGAAUCUAAGCCUCCGCAAAACCCAGAUGUACCUGAGGCAGGAACAGCUGGUGGUGUGGAGCCAGAGAGAAGUGAUUCUGAUGAAUCUGACUAUUCAAUAUGAUGGAGGCCCUUCAUUGAAUCUUCAGUUGUGUUAUUGUUGAAGGUUAAAACUGUCCCUUGGGCAUCUAAUAUGCUAGAUGGAUGUGAGUAGAUUUCUUUUUAGUCCAUGUGAUCUUAGGUUAGCUGAAAAUAAGUUUAAUGGUUUAUCUCUGUGCCUUACCUUGUUGUCUCUGUAUGUAUUGUUACUGGAGUUCAAUAAGUUUUAUUGCUUUGCAGUAAUCAUGGUGUACUGAGACUUGAAAGGUUGUUUAUGUAUUCUUUUUUCAUCAAUGGUAAAUAUAUUGCUCAAUGGUGAAAAUUCUGUGACAAGUUUCAUCCAGUGCUAUGAUAGUUUGUAUACGUUGUUAGUAGAUAUAUUUCUUAAAGAUAGAGUUUUGCAGCGAUA